CACAACAUCCAAGCUAUGACAGCAAAAGAUUCUUCUAAGGAACUUGCUGCUCCAGAGACGGAGAUUUACAUAAAGACUUUCAAAGAACAAAUGCAUUUGGAACUCGAGCUUCCCAGAGUGCCGGGGAACAGACCCACCUCUCCAAAAAUCUCCCCCCGCAGCUCUCCAAGGAACUCUCCAUGCUUUUUCAGAAAGUUGCUGGUGAAUAAAAGCAUCCGUCAACGGCGACGUUUUACAGUGGCACAUACGUGCUUUGAUGUGGAAAAUGGCCCAUCACCAGGUCGCAGCCCACUGGACCCUCAGGCUGGCUCUUCUUCAGGACUUGUGCUCCAUACCACUUUCCCAGGGCACAGCCAGCGCAGAGAGUCAUUUCUUUAUAGAUCAGAUAGUGACUAUGACCUGUCACCAAAGACCAUGUCCAGGAAUUCCUCUCUACCAAGUGAACAACAUGGAGAUGACCUGAUAGUUACACCUUUUGCUCAGGUCUUGGCUAGUUUGAGAAGUGUAAGGAAUAACUUCACAUUAUUGACAAAUCUGCAAGGAGCAGCAAACAAGAGGUCACCGGCAGCAAAUCAACCACCAGUCUCCAGGGUUAACAUUCAGGAGGAAUCUUAUCAAAAAUUAGCAAUGGAAACUUUGGAGGAAUUGGACUGGUGUUUAGACCAACUUGAAACCAUUCAGACCUACCGAUCUGUUAGCGAAAUGGCAUCGAAUAAGUUCAAGAGAAUGUUGAACCGAGAACUGACACACCUUUCAGAAAUGAGCCGAUCGGGAAACCAAGUGUCUGAAUAUAUUUCAAACACUUUCCUAGACAAACAGAAUGAUGUGGAGAUUCCCUCUCCCACACAGAAGGAUAGAGAGAAAAAGAAGAAGCAGCUCAUGACACAGAUCAGUGGUGUGAAAAAGCUAAUGCAUAGUUCAAGCUUGAAUAAUACUAGCAUUUCAAGAUUUGGUGUGAAAACAGAAAAGGAAGACCAUCUAGCCAAAGAGCUGGAGGAUCUGAAUAAAUGGGGUCUGAACAUAUUUAACGUUGCAAGAUAUUCACACAGUAGACCUCUCACCUGCAUUAUGUAUGCUAUUUUUCAGGAGAGAGAUCUGCUAAAGACAUUCAAGAUCUCAUCAGAUACCUUCAUAGCUUACAUGAUGACUUUGGAAGACCACUACCAUUCCGAUGUGGCCUACCACAACAGUCUCCAUGCGGCUGAUGUAGCCCAGUCAACACAUGUUCUCCUGUCCACCCCAGCCUUGGAUGCUGUCUUCACUGAUCUGGAAAUUCUUGCAGCCAUUUUUGCAGCAGCAAUUCAUGAUGUGGAUCACCCUGGUGUCUCUAACCAGUUUCUUAUUAAUACAAAUUCUGAGCUUGCUCUGAUGUACAAUGAUGAGUCAGUCUUGGAAAAUCACCACCUUGCUGUGGGUUUUAAGCUGCUACAAGAAGAGCAUUGCGACAUCUUCCAGAACUUGACCAAGAAGCAACGUCAAACUCUCAGGAAAAUGGUGAUAGACAUGGUCUUGGCCACAGAUAUGUCCAAACACAUGUCCCUACUGGCAGACCUAAAGACUAUGGUGGAAACUAAAAAAGUGACAAGUUCCGGAGUUCUGCUUCUAGAUAACUACACAGACAGAAUACAGGUUCUCCGAAAUAUGGUCCAUUGUGCUGAUUUAAGUAAUCCCACGAAAUCCCUUGAACUCUAUCGACAGUGGACAGACAGAAUCAUGGAUGAAUUUUUCCACCAGGGGGACAAAGAACGGGAGAGAGGAAUGGAAAUCAGCCCAAUGUGUGACAAGCACACAGCUUCUGUAGAGAAGUCACAGGUUGGCUUCAUUGAUUACAUUGUCCACCCGCUUUGGGAGACGUGGGCAGACCUAGUACAGCCGGACGCCCAAGAUAUCCUGGACACUCUAGAAGAUAACAGGAAUUGGUACCAGAGCAUGAUCCCUCAGAGCCCUUCUCCUCCCCUUGAUGAACGCAACAGAGACUGCCAGGGCCUGAUGGAGAAGUUCCAGUUUGAGCUUACGCUUGAAGAAGAGGACUCUGAUGGGCCUGAGAAAGAAAGUGAUGGUAUCAGCUACUUCAGCAGUACAAAGACACUCUGUGUGAUUGACCCAGGAAGAAGGGGUUCCCAAAGUGAAGCUAAUAUAGAAAUUGUGACAGAAGAUACAUCACCUAUCGAUACCUAAUAUAUUGUAUCUGUAAGGGUGAAUUUAAAUACUUCAUGCACAUGCAGGUUGUCUUGCUAACUAGCCUGAAAUCGAGGUCUUAGGCCAGCACCUACCAUUGGCUAAAAGACCUUUCCAGCUACUUGAGAUUGGAGUCAGGGUUAAAGAGCAUGUAGUGAUUGCUCAGGAAAUCAACAGGUGAUUUAUAUUGCAGCUUAAGCUUUGUCAGCCAAAAACACAAAAUCUGGAACCAGUACGAGUUGUAACUGAACAAGCCUGAUCGUGAACAACACUCGACUGAAAUAUUUUCUAUUCUUGAGAGAUUUUGAAAUCUAGACAGGUCUGGCAUCUAGAACUACUGAUUUGUAACUCUGCAUUUAAAACUUGUCCACCUGUCUGCAGACCCGUGUGCCUUUUUUAUAAAAAAACUUCCACGUCUUUUCAAGAAUCCUACUAAGUACACAACAAAGUAUGUUUGAUAUUGAUGUAUAAUUUUUUAAAAAAAUAUUCCUGUUUUAAUGAAAUAGGUCUUCCUUUGUAGGGGCAAUACUUGUUUCUUUAUUGCAAUUUAAUCACAUUGACUUGCUAAAUAAAGCAGGGUGCCCUCUUUGCAUUACUGCACCAUUGGUCACUUUAUCAACCCUGCAAAACCUGUGUUGUUAGCUACUGAAACAUGCCCCCCCCCUUAAUUGUUUUUGACCUUUCUUGUGCACAGGAUAAAGUGUAGCUUUCUGUUCCAUAGCACAAUACAGCACAUGUAAAAGUCAACAUACUGAGGUAAUGUGAUGUACAUUCUCCUCCCCUUAUUUUAUUUUUAAAAAACUCGGUGGAAGUUGCACGCUUGGUCCUUUGUGUUUUCUCUUCCCCACUGUUCAUGUCCCCUUCUCUCUCUUGCACUUGCCUUGAGCUCUAACAUGUCCAGUACUGUUUAUAACAGUGUAUUUAUUACUUAAUGUAUAUAAUGUAAUGUUUUGUAAGUAUUAAUUUAUAUAAAUUAACAUUGCCUGUCAGUGGUGAUGUUACUUGUGUAGAAUACUCUGCAUAAGAGUUGCCUUUCUUGUAACCUUUUGUAUUGCAUAAAGUAGAAAAACCUGAACAUAGCUUAAAAGAGACAUAUUGAACCCAGAGAGGGCAUUCAGGUAGCAUUGGCUCACGGGGGUUUCAUUUUCAUUGGCAUUUGGGAAAUCAUCACAGUUGGUGGGUGAUGGAGAAAUAUUUAGAAUCAUCUGUUCAGAUGAUGUGAAACUACUGAAACUUUGAAAAAGAAACCUACAGUAAAAUGCCACAAAAUGUUAAGUGUCAGUUUCCAAUUAAUGAACAACCCAAUGUGAAUUUCUAUGACAAAAUGUGAACUGGUGUUAUAAUUGUGCUGUGAAACUUCUUCCAACAAAGCUUGUUAGGCAUGUAUACAGUGCCAAUCUCAGUUUGUAAAACUAUGUUCCAAGCUUUCAGUCCAACUUGUGACUAACUAGUUGAUGAAAUAGCACAGUUGUGCAUGAUCAAUGGGUUUGUAUGUCUAUUGAACACUGCAUUGUUCCAGGUGGUUAUUUUGUUUCAAAGUUUCACACAAUGUAUGUUGUUAUAGUAUUAUAUAUUGUGUUCAGAUGCAUUCUUAAGAGAUUUUUAUAUGAAGUGAAUAAAUUAAAGCAUGACUUAGGUUGGGCCUUCCUAGAUGUUCUUUUUAGUUAUCUACUGUGCUUCAGUUGCAUGUUUAAUGCAGAAUUUUUAAACGUCACCAUUGGUGGUAGUGAACAAGGUAUGAAUCACUCAACAACAAACACACAUACUAGUCACUGGUAGAGACAUGAUACUGAAUUACCGGUAGGUAAAUCUCUUACUGAUUAAUAAAUACAUAAGAACGCAGAGGGUGAAACAGAUUUUCUACCUUAAGAACAGUCUCAUUCCCUGCAGCAAAUUAUGGCAGUGUUGUGCCCCAUUAAUUUCUAUAAAACUCAGCAGGUUUUUAAAAACUUACAAGUUGCCCCAUGGAAAAUAUUUCUGAAAAGCAGGGUAUAAACGUAAUAAAUAGGAAACAAACACAUUUAUUUGACGGGCUUCAUAAUUUUCCUUAGCCUCCAUCUCAACACCAAUUGGUAUUAAAUGACAAACCAACAUACACCAAUAUCUUAAACCAGUUCCCCACAAAUGAAAUGCCCAUUUUAUCAGCAUUGCAGAGAGCAGUAAAAUGUAAGCAAAACUGUUUGGGUACCUGAAAAUUAAUACAGAAGAGCCAUUUGCCUCCUGGUGGUGGCUGGAAAGCAGAAGUUACUGUUGUAAAACGUCUAUGCAGUAGUGGUCUUAAUUCUAUAUUUUAUCUUAUAAACACAUACCGUAGUUUUUCAUGCGUUGGAAAACUUCCCAAGAGUGGCUGCACAAAUCACUAAAAACAAAAUGUGAUGUUACUGAAGCCUUUCACUACAAGUAAGUCAUUCUCAGUUCCUAAUCCCAACUCUUCUUUGUGCCGGUGAUACAGGAACAAACAUCAUAGGUAAAUAAGGUUAUUUUGGAUAACUUCUUAAAUAAUCUUUUUGUCUGCUAAUCUAUGAAUAGGUCAGUUGGAGCACAUUCAAAUCCCACUUCCUAUUGUUGUCAACUUUUGGAUUUGAAAACAAGGGAACAGCAGCCUCACCUGUCCCAGGGAAAGUCUACAGUAUAUCUAACAAUCCAGGAUAGCAGCUGGAAACGGCGCUGGAAUAAGGGAAUUUCCAGCAAAAAAAGGGAAGGUUGACAGCUGUGGCUUGGAAUAAGGGAUUUUCCCACCAAAAAAAAGGAGGGUUCCUUCCCCUGGUUUGUCACCUAGAUUGCAACGGGUAUGAUGUGAAAGUAUCUGCAGUUCUAAAUUUUGGAUUGACAAGGAAAUAUGAUUAAAUUAUUAAAUUACGUCAUUCUUUAUUGCAGAAUAUUUGCAUGAAGUGGUUAAACAUAGAAGAAGCUGGAGAGGUAAUGAAAACAGAUUUCUUGCUGUCAAACACACACACACACACAAAAUAAAAAAAUAUGACACUCUUUAGGGGAGUGGGUGGCGCUGUGGUCAAACCACCAUGCCUCUUGGGCUUGCUGAUCAGAAGGUCAGUGAUUCAAAUCCCCCCACAACGGGGUGAGCUCCUAUUGUUCUGUCCCAGAUCCUGCCAACCUAGCAGCUCGAAAGCAUGCCAGUGCAAGCAGAUAAAUAGGUACCACUGCGAGAAGGAUUAAAGCUAGUUGUUCAGGACAACUUACCACAUUUCACGGUAAGAGGGAAUGAACUCAGCCAAAUACUGAACAAUAUCCAAGAACUGUUGCCAAGCCUUUUUAUAACCCAGUGGAGGCAUUUCAUUAAUGGCAUCCACUUUGCUGUCACCUAGCAUCAGUCCACAGCUUAAUAAUAAUAAUAAUUUAUUACUUACAUCCCACCCAUCUGGCUGGGUCUCCUAUCCAUUGCCAGUAGUCAUAUUUUCCAUUGAGGAUGACGAAGGGUUUCUUCCUUGCCAAGUUUCUCUGGACAUCGAUAUCUGUGUGAAUGUAAAAUGGUCUCCUGACAGCCUUCUUGAAGUUCUAGGGUCAGGACACAGCCUAAGUGACCCAUUCUUCUUUUGUAUACUUCAGCUACUCACCUAUCCUAUAGGCUGUCAUGAACUGGCAGGAUGAUGGGGAGGAGAAAGAGGGUCCAGCGAGGGGUGUAGCCAGGACUCGGACACACUGGGGCAAGCAGGGGAUGGGGAAGGAUGUACUCACAAGGUGACAGGGGAUUGAUGCACGGAAACCAGAGCAGCAUGACCCAUCACCAGAGCCAGAGUUCAUGUGUCCCCAUGAACACUGUGGGCUCUGAGAUGUAGGGAGCAGAGGGAGGGGCGUUCUAGGAGGCUGGGGCAGACAAUAGCCCACAGCCCAGCUCCCAGCUGGCCAGGUGGGGCUCAUUAGCUCCAGGAGAAGGCAUGUGAUUCCUCAUCUGGAGUAGGCUCAGAACAGGUGAGGGUCACAAGCCUCAUCAAGCCCAGAUGCUGCAAUCAGCAAGCAAAGAGGGAAGCAGAGCUGAGGUGCUAUGUCUGCUCAACUGCCCCUGUUGAUAGACUUUGGCUUGAAUGCUCCUGGACUCUAUGGGACUCUGCUUUGGGUUUGACUCUGGACUGUAUUCUGACUGCUGCACUUCAGAUUUGGCUACUUGGAUUGACUGUGGACUGCAUUUCCCGAGCUUUGGACUUUGGUUGUGUGGCUUGACCCCGACCUUUGGAUUUGCUGCCAGGUAAGCCAGUGGUUCAGGACAUAGACUUGGUCACUUUAGAGAUGACCCAAGGAACUUGAGGUACUGUGGGGCUGGUUGC